AUGGAAACCAUUGACGGGGCGAACUGCUAUGCGCAAGUAAUAUGCAAUGACGGCGUAAAGGAAUACAACGAGGGCAAGGUUUUCUGGAGCGCGUGCUAUGUGGGCGGCCGGCAGUUCUUCAACGAUCCUCGGAUUGGCGAGUUCAGCAUCACCUUCACCUCAGGAGGUCGUGAGAGGAUGGAUGGUCUUAUCGACCCCAUUCUCCAGCUCAAGAACGUGGGUGAUUGGAUGAGCAUAGAUGCCGCCGCCUUAGCGGCCGAAUAUAACAGCUACCAGAGUUGCGAUGCAGGAAUUGUGGACAAGGACUGUUACGACGGUCCAUAUUUUUGCCGAAAUUUCUGGGAUAGGGGGGUAGGGAGAAAAAGAAUGUGGGAGUGCGGUGUCCCGAGGGUUGGAAAGGCACUCGGUAGCCCAGACGACCCCCAUCAUCUGGACUCCAACGGACCGACAAACGAAAAAGGUUACGCACCCGGCCAAUGCGGCAUUCACGUCACCCAUUACCAGAAGCCCGACCCGGUCAAGGACUCGUAUUCGCUCGAAAUCAAGCUCUUUGACAACAACGAAGUUGAAAUCGGUGCAUCUGGCAGAGUUGGUCCCAACUACAGCCUCGGGAGCAAACUCCCCUACACCGUUGAAGUCAGGACUGGUGCUGUUGAUGCCGACCCGGUGAGGUUUGCAUAUGCCGGUUUCGAGUGGGAUUCCAACAGCCCGAAUUGCAAGACCGGUGCGUAUGACAGCGGAGACAGAGAUAUGGACUGCGUCUUCCACUGCGACUAA